AUGACAACCAACAUUCUGAUGGAGACCACAAUGGGCUCCUUCACCCUCGAGCUCUACACGUCCCACGCGCCCAAGACGUGCAACAACUUCGCGACACUCGUCCGCCGCGGCUACUACGAUGGCACCGUCUUCCACCGCGUCAUUCCCAAUUUCAUGGUCCAGGGCGGCGAUCCUACCGGUACCGGACGAGGCGGCACCUCCAUCUACGGUGACAAGUUCGCUGACGAGAUCGACCCGUCCCUCAAACACACUGGCGCUGGCAUCCUCAGCAUGGCCAACGCAGGGCCCGACACCAAUGGCUCCCAGUUCUUUGUCACCCUCGCUCCUACGCCCUGGCUCGACGGCAAGCAUACCAUCUUUGGAAGAGUCAAGUCCGGCAUGGGAACCGUUCGCAGGAUGGGAAUGGUCACCACAGGGCCUGAGGAUCGACCUGUCGAAGACCUCAAGGUUGUCAGGGCUCGCGUCGUCGAGGAGGAAGAGCAGGUAUAA